AUGCUAACCCCAACACGCAUCCUCCGCGCAUCAUGGUCAAACACCCUCCGACUACCAAAAUCUAGUUUUCCGCCGCGACCGUUAGCGUCAACGAAUCCCACCUAUCUCAAACGAUGCACCGAUGACCUGUAUGCGUGGCAGGCAAGCCCCGAACGCGUUCUACGUUAUGGACACCUGGAGAAGCGGUUGAAUGGACAUAACGGCGAGAAAGAAGGCAGUACGCCUAGGGAGAGUUUUACUCUGCAUGAUGGACCACCGUACGCCAAUGGGCCACUGCACAUUGGGCAUGCAUUGAACAAGAUCACAAAGGACAUCAUCUGUAGACACCAGAUUGGACAAGGAAAGAAGGUAUCAUAUAUCCCUGGAUGGGAUUGUCAUGGUCUGCCUAUCGAAAUCAAGGCUCUCCAGGCGCAAAAGAAGGAUGCGGCGCAAGCAGAUCCUGUAAGCGUGCGCGACGCUGCGCGCGAGUUGGCGACUCGGACAAUUGAAGAACAGAAGAAGGGCUUCAAAGAAUGGGCUGUCAUGGGCGACUGGGACAACGCAUACCAGACGAUGGAACGAGGUUUCGAGAUCAGGCAGCUAGAGGUGUUCAAGAGCAUGUUUGAAAAGGGCUUGAUCUAUAGGCAGUUCAAGCCGGUAUACUGGAGCCCAAGCUCAAGAACAGCGCUUGCGGAAGCCGAAUUGGAAUAUGACGAGGGACAUAAGAGCUUAGCUGCUUUUGUUCGGUACCCGGUGCACCUGUCGGAGGCAUUGAAGAACGGAGCGCUGAAGGAUGUAAACAGCGAGGUUAGUGUAGUCAUCUGGACAACCACACCCUGGACUUUACCCGCGAACAAGGCGAUCGCGGUGCACAAGGACAUGCAGUAUUGCGUAGUCAGAGACAUUGAGGAAAACGGCGAGCUGAUUCUGAUCGCUGUUUCACGAGUAGCGGAAUACGAGAAGAUCCUGGAACGGAGGCUCGAAGUCGUCGUAGCAGAUGUGCGUGGAGCCGAUAUUGCUGAACAAGUAAAAUAUGAGAACCCGUUCCAGAAGGCUAGUGGACUCCAACCGAUAAUUCAUGCGGACUUUGUCACCGACUCAUCGGGUACUGGGCUGGUUCAUCUCGCUCCUGGACAUGGUAUGGACGACUACAACGUUUGCAUGGCGCUCAACGUCCCAGCUUUUGCGCCCAUAGAUGAUGCCGGCGCCUUCACAAAGGAUGCGUUCCCUGAGCAGCCCGAGCUUUUGGAAGGACUACCUGUUGCUGAUAUCAAGAAAUCGGGUAGCAAUGCUGUGUGCAACUAUCUCCAGAAGCUGGACAUGCUCCGAGGCAAGCAGAAUUACCGUCACAAGUAUCCUAUCGACUGGAGAACCAAGGAGCCUGUCAUCACCCGAGCUACUGAGCAGUGGUUUGCCAACGUAGAGAGCAUUAAAGACGCCUCAAUGAAAGCAAUCGCCAAUGUCAAAUUCAUGCCUGAGACUGGUAAAAGUCGUCUCGAGAGCUUCAUCCAAGGACGAAGUCAAUGGUGUAUCUCGCGACAGCGCGCUUGGGGCGUCCCUAUUCCUGCCUUGUACAAGGUCGAAGGUGAUACACUGAAAGCGACUAUGGACUCUGAAGUCAUUGACCAUGUCAUCGAAGUGAUCAAAGAACGUGGGAUCAACGCUUGGUGGACGGAUGCGCAAGACGAUCCAGCCUGGAAGCCGAAGCAUCUUACCGGAACGUAUGUACGUGGUAGAGAUACCAUGGACGUCUGGUUCGAUAGCGGCACUAGCUGGACGCUCCUUCCACAGCAAAGUGACCAACCUGUUGCCGAUGUAUACCUUGAAGGCACCGACCAACAUCGCGGCUGGUUUCAGUCAUCACUCCUCACCCAUGUCGCUACCCAAUCUUAUUCGACCGAGACCGUCAAAGCACCGUACAAGACCCUGAUCACUCAUGGCUUCACACUCGACUCCAAUGGUCGUAAGAUGAGCAAGUCUCUCGGUAACGUCAUCUCUCCAAUGCAAAUCAUGUCGGGCGAGCUCCUUCCACCCGUCAAGCGGAAGAAGCAAAAGGGCGUCAAGCAGGACCCUGCGGCAAAGAACACGCCAACAUACGAUGCCAUGGGCGCCGAUGCUCUCCGCCUCUGGGCCGCAAGCAGCGAUUACACACGCGAUGUCACAAUCGGCCAGCCCGUCCUCAUGUCCGUGAACCAAGCUCUACACAAGUAUCGUGUUACCUUCAAAUGGCUACUGGGCAUCUUCUCCCUACCAUCUUGUCCGCCACCCUUUGCCUCCUUCAACGACCUCACACUCAACAUAACCAACUUCAAGGAACUCACAGAUCGCCUGGCCGUCCAUCGACUGGUACAAGUCAGCGCGGAAGUGCACAAUCAUUUCGGCAAAUACGAGUUCUUCAAGGGUGUCAACGCGAUCAACAAGUACAUCUCAAUGGAUCUCAGCGCAUUCUACUUCGAAACACUCAAAGACCGGGUUUACACUAGCGAUAAGCAUGAUUGCGAGACACUUCAGCGCGUUCUGGGACUUAUCUUCUAUGAGCUAUUGCAGAUGCUUGCUCCAGUCUGUCCAUUACUUGUUGAAGAAGUCUGGGAUCAUGUCCCAGAUGAGCUCAAAGAAAAGAGUAGUCAUCCUGCACGUGCGGUUUGGUCGCCUCUCCCCGCGCUCAGGGAAUCUGAAUCGGCUAGUCUAGAGUCUAUGAUUGAUACUACUAGUACACUGGGAGCAGCGAUCAAGAUUGCACAGGAGCGCCUCCGUGCGGAUAAGAAGAUCGGUUCGAGUCUCGAGAGCGCAGCUACCAUCUAUCUACCAUCAUCCAACGCCGAGAAACUUCACGCGGAGUUCUCGGCUUGUAUGCAGCCUUCUACUCCCAAGCUCGCUGACGUCGAAACUCAACUUGCUGGUCUUUUCGUUAUCAGCGAGGUUAACCUCCGUAUGCUGUCUGAUUCUACCGCUUCUGCGAACGACGUCUUCACAGCAGAGGAUCCCGACGUGAUGAAGCAGCAGUCGCAGUGGUGUGAGGAAGAAGUACUCUCGAGCGAUAGUGAGUCGUUGGGUAAGGCGAGGGUGCUCGUACAUCCGCCUAGUAGGGAGAAGUGUCCCAGGUGUUGGCGCUUUGUGAAGGAGGUGAAGGAGGACGUUUGUGGGAGGUGUGGGGACGUUGUUUCGCAGCAGGGCGGUGUAUAG